AUGUACUGGCUGCCGUGCCAAGGGUUUUUGCACCCAGAUACCACCUACAAAGAAAUCCAGGAAGGCACGUUUGACCCCGUUGUGGCAGCGGCCGUGUGCGGUAUCACGGCAGUCUUCGUGAGUCCCAGCGAUUCUGGUGGCGAGUUUGGUGUCAAAUGCAGCGCCCAUGUCGAAAUGUACCUGUUUCAAAACAUUUACAAGUUCUCCGACGAUCUUCUAGUUCUCUUUGCAUUAAGUAUCACAUUCAACCUUAUUCGUGGAGAAUUUGCCAAGCUUUGGCAAUCCUUUGGUGUCGCCUCGAGGCUGAUGCUAGGUCUACGGGUCAACUGGGAUGUACUGCCCCAAAAUCAAACGUUUGCUCAGCAAGAGUGUUUGCGACGUAUCGCUUGGCAGCUUUUCUACUUGGAUCGCAUGCUAGCGGGUGGGUAUGAAGAGUACAUCUCUUGUCGUGCCGAAAAUAUGCAAAUUGCCUUGCCAUGCUCGGAAGCAGCGUUUCGAGAAAACAGACCAAUCAAUGCCGAGAGAUUGUAUGACAAGCCUGGAAGUCAUCCCAGUACCAUCAAUUUACAUGGGUACCAGCUUCGUCUUAUUGAUCUGCGACACCGUAUACAAGUACUCCAAAAUGAGCUGACUCGAUUCCACAUGUCGUUGCCCCCCGAAAUCCUUCUGAGUGACCAAACCGUCGCUAAGUAUAUGGCGUCCCCCGAACGAGCCGGCUACGUGUUUCUGCACACUCACUUGGCCGUCAGCCACAUCGAUUUAUACCGGUUCUCGUUGCCAGGUCAGAGGGACAAGGUGUCGGUGGAGAUUCUCCGCAAGCUCCCGAGGGAGUUCAUAGCUCGGUCGCAGAAACAGGCAGUUGCUCAUGCAAUGUGCCUAGGCCGUUUUUGCGAUGCAAUUCAAAACGAGGUUGACCAGAUGCAUGAUACAGGGAAGCUUAAGCUUGCGGGCGAUCAUUCCACAUUUCAAAUGUCAACCCAAUGCGUUCGCGUGCUGCUGGUAGCUCUGCAGUAUGGGCUUUACCGAGACAUCGCUGAUGUUACGACGGCACCAUUAUGGCGGAGCGUUGAGGUCGACGAGGCACAUAUUCGGUUUCUUAUUGAUUCAGUUCAAAGAGUUACCAGGCCAUGGUGUGACAUAUUGAACGUUGCACAACAGGCGUACAACCACAACGCGACACUAGUUGAAGACUUCAGCAAGACCCGGAAAGUGGCGGACCAGAGAGCUGCUGUGAGCAUGUUUGGGUCCAAAUCCGAAGGUUCAACCCGCUUGCCAGGCCCCGACGCCAUUCUCGAGAGCAUCGCUACCGGCAAACCUGAAGAAUAUCACAGACGAAUGGCAUCGCACAGUCCUUCCGACUCGACACGGUGGCUUGGAUCCCAUCCGUCAUCGCCAACUCCAAACAUGUUUGCCACAAAGGCCGGAACUCAAACAACCGAGGCAAGUCAAGGGGAUGCUGCACCAGGUAUCCCACUGUUCCUUGCCCAAGCAAGAAAUAGGCCUGGCAGUGCUACACAAGAUCCGCUUACGUACGACGCUGAAAACUCUUUAAUGCCAAUGGGAGAUUUGGAUGCUGUGCUGCCAGACACAAACCCGCUUAUGAAUGUUGAGGGCGUGCCUAUGUCAGGGAUGCAUAGCGGUGACCCAUCCAUGUUUCAACAGGCGAUACCGCAACCAAGUGCAGGCUUCCUAAUGGCUCAGCAGAGCGUGUUUGGCGGCGAUGUCUUUAUGGAACACUAUAUGAAUCGACAACACGGCCAGGGCGGUUAUUCACAACCUCCUGGUGGCUAUUAG